AUGACCAACUAUUCUCUGACAGUCAGGAUUCAAGGGCGCAUGGCCCUACAGCAAUUCGCACAGCAAGGUUAUAAUCUCUGCUUUGCUUCCGCAGUGGAACGCGAGGGAUACAAGGUCAUAGCAUCAAGCAUGAACAUUGCGCCCAAUGCCCAAUUCCAGUGGAAUGAUGACUUUGGUGUUGCUGCCAGUCAAUCCAACUUCAUGAACGGAGUCCAAGUCAUGGCGGCGACUGAUAUCGAGUCCAUCAGACCCGGCCAGACCUACACCUUGACCCCAGACUGGCAAGGCAGUGUGGACGACGGUGGACCUCAAGGCGGUAUUCGCUUCAACAACAAGGCCGACAGAGCAUCCCCCAUUGUCUACAGAACCAUCAACGGCUCCAGGGCUCCCAUCUACUUUGGUUCCAUGCAACUCCCGAGAGGCAGCAGUCAAGAAAUUAAGCCUAAUAACAGGGUUACGGUCUGGUUCCAACGCGAUGGCGAAACUGGCACCAUGAUCGAUGGAAUCGAUGGACAGAACAUUGAAAUUGACAUGUCGGGAAGGACUAACGCCACAGUCGUCUUCAAUGACGAUUUUACGUGGUCGCUGCAGUAA